CCCUAAUUUGCCUGCAGGAAAACAAACACAUUUCACUGGAAUUUUCCCACAAAGUUUUCAGUUUCAAUAACACAUUGUUCAGCAGUGGGAAAGCUUUCCACACUAAACCUUUCAACCAGAUCUAAGAAGGAAGUUAAAAACUUAAGAGGCAUGUGGUGCCACUGGAUGUGUUCAUUUUCUGCAAUGCGAGGCUGGGUCACUGGGCAGCAGGAAGCUGGUUACACACCUCCCAGGAUCUGCCAAAUAAGAGAAGGCUGGGAAUGCUUAGGUGAUUAAUAUGAAGGGUUUCAUGGUGGAAAUCCACACACAUUUCAGAAAUUCCUUCCAAAUGCAGCUUCCAUAUUCCACCAGGCCCUGUAAUAGGUCCUGGUAAAAGGAGCAACAAACAAAAACAGAACAUCCCAACCACAGCUAUUAAACCACCAUGCUCUGAGUAAGACACUUCCGCCUUAGUGUUUCCGAGGGAAGUGAGGUAGGGUAGAUAAGAGGAACCUUGCAGUGAAAGAACUAGUUAGAGAGGCUGUUUCAUUGCAAACGCCAGCAGGAGAAACCCAGACCCGGGACUUCCCACUAACACAAAGGACAGAUUCUCCUGGAGGCUCACCUGGAAUCGACGUCCCCCCAGGCAGUGGGGAGAGGCGGAACAAUGAGGAUUUUCCCCAUUCUGGGUUGGAUGCUUUUCCCAGGCUGCUGGGCGGUGACGGGCCCCGGGGCAGUGCGCGGCCCCGCGGGCGGGUCGGUGGCUGUGCGGUGCUGGUACCGGGCGGGCUAUGAGGAUUAUCCGAAGUUCUGGUGCCGGGAAGGUUUGGUAGGAAAUUUUCGCUGUUCCGACGGGCUUCACAUCAUCGAGACCAAUGGGUCGGAGGUGGAGGUGACGCGGGGCAGAGUCUCCAUCCGAGACGGUCACACCCAGCGCGUGUUCACCGUGACCGUAGAGAACCUGACACCGGCAGACGCCGGCAGGUACCACUGCGGGGUAGGGAAAACUGGGCCUGAUCUCAGGGCCACUGUGGAACUCACCGUCUCCCCAGCUACUUCUUCCCCACCCCCAACAGAAAGGUCAUCAUCAGCGACAUCAUCAGUGACAGUGCAACCAGCUUCUUCCACGUCAAAAUCUACUUCCAUCUGGACAACUGCUGAGGAAGGGAAAUCCAGCUUCUCCGCUAACCAAGACACCACAUCCCCUGUGCCCCAAGACUCAGACAUCACUUUCUACAUCCUGCUACCAUGCAUCUUGCUGGUUCUCAUUUUGUUUCUGCUCGCUGCUGUGAUGUUGGUGAGACUGUCCAAGAAGAGGAAAAAAGCGCUUUCAGGAGCAUCUGUGCAGAGGGACAAGAAAAUCAACCUGUCUAAUUUGGGGUCAGAAGAGACAGAAGAGGUUUCUUAUGUCACUGUGAUGAUUUCCACCCCCGACCAGCAGCCCAUCUAUGCCAACGUGGAGCAGCGCCCCAAGACAACACGACCAGCCAAGCCCCCUGAGGAAACCCUGUACAGCACUGUGAAGUAGCCGCCCAAACACUAACUCUGGAUAUGAGGCAGAGUGGGGAUGGGGGCUGCAUAGUCCUUAUCCAAGCUGCUUGAUCCCAACCUGGCAAAAUUUGAAGCAACAGGGUUUAGCACCAAAUCUGACCUGUUCAAACUCCGGCAGCUAUUGUAGGCACAGGAUUUACGGACACACUCAGCCUGGAACUGGAGUCUGUGGUUUGUCCAAUGGACAGGUGGCCUGAUGGAAUUAAUCAGUUGCUGUUCUCUUGUGAGGAGUGAGUUCAAAGAGCCAACGGCUGAACUUACAGACAAUGAAACUCCCCAGGAUCUGGUCAACAGGACAGGAGAGAAACCUUGUGUCUGUGUUUGAAUUUCAUGCACUUGGUGCAAAAAGGGUGCUUAGCAGGACCACGAAGGAAACCUGCCUGCAGGAGGAGUUUCCUCAAGAUCAGGAGAGAGGGUGGUUCCCCCUAUCACCACCUCCGACGGCAAGUUCACCUGGAAACAGACCCAGGCAUCCAAGAGAUGGAUGAAAAUAUAAUUUAUAUGUUCACAGGUGUCCUUGUGAUUAAAUCUAUCAGGAUCUAGAAUCAAAUCAGGUCAAGCGCCUACAUCCCAGCCUGAUUUCAUACAGGAACUUAAAAUGCACAGAACUGAAUUUUGAACUAGCCAGACAUAGGGUGAUCACCAUCUACAAAAAGAAGAGGUGCAUGGGGAGGAACAUGGGCCUCGGAGCUGUAUCUAUGCGUUAUUGAGGGGGGAUGGUAUUAUUAAGGUUACCUCUCAACACUUCCCAUUAUAAGACCCUGUUUUAGUUGCUUAGAACUUUGCCAAAACAUGAAUUUUACAAUUUCCAUGGCAGGUGUCUACCUCAGAAUGAUUUUUGUUUUGUUUGUUGUUGUUGUUGUUGUUGUUUAAGUUUCAACCCAACAGUUGAGAUAUUUCUGAGAACAAGGCCAGGGAUAAAUAUGCUGUGUUGCAAUGUUAACAAAAAUUCUCUCCACCUUUUCUUUGAGAAGCUCUAGUGCCUCCACACUUUGGAGCCAGGAGUUGAAAUCUGGCAGUCGGUGACCCAUGUCUCAGAGACGUGCCUGUUGCUGUGAAAAUCCAGCCAAAUUUGGCCAAUUUAUAAACCUUUGAAAAAUCCAGGUUUGUACAUGCUCAGGAAGAAUUUCUUCCAGUUGCACAGGCCACCUUAAUUCCUGCAUCUCUGAACUUUUCACUGCUUGAUUUUGCAUCCUUAAUAUUCUUUUAAUAUAUUUUUUGCAUGUAAUAUGUUAUGCAAGGAGGGCCUUCUAACCACCGUCUUUCCCUCACCCUGCAGUAUGGGUUGAUGGUGUGAAAAUUGUAUUUAUUUUUCUUGCAGAUUUAAGACUUUCUUCUUGAAAAGGGAAUUUGUGAUCAUCCAGAAACAAUGAAUUAUUAUUAAUUCUGUUUCACUGGCAACAGUCAUUUAUACUGCAUGAGCAGUGUUAAUCAGGCUCCCUACAGAAAGCCCAAUGAAGGUGAGAGGGUUGAAAAGUGACUGAGCAUUGCUGCACUUCUUAAUAAAUACGUGGAGCCAGCCAUGAAUUUCAUGCAUUGCUGUGAACCAUGGGAAACAAAAGGACCCUGGAAACAGAAGGCUUAAUAAAAAAGAUCUGGCUUGU